CGACGGUGGUGGUGGGAUUUGUGGGAGCGAGCGAUCUCCUUCUCCCUCACCCCUCUCUCUCUCUCUCUCUCUCUCUCUCUCUAUAUCCUCGCGAAACUCUCGAUCUCCGAUUCCACCAUUUUUGUGGGAGAGCGAGCUCCCGCUGCUCCUCCUCCAUUAAUGGACAUGGUCUCCAUCUCCUCCGCCCCCCGCUCCGUCGAGGACAUCUUCAAGGACUACUCCUCCCGCCGCUCCGCCCUCGUCCGCGCCCUCACCGCCGAUGUCGAGGAGUUCUACGGGUUGUGCGAUCCAGAUAAGGAGAAUUUGUGCUUGUAUGGGCACCCGAGUGGGGCGUGGGAGGUGACGCUACCGGCGGAGGAGGUGCCCCCGGAGCUGCCCGAGCCGGCGCUCGGGAUCAACUUCGCGAGGGACGGGAUGAACCGCAAGGACUGGCUCUCGCUCGUCGCCGUGCACAGCGACUCGUGGCUCCUCUCCGUCGCCUUCUUCUUUGGGGCGCGGUUGAACGGGAAUGAGAGGAAACGGUUAUUCAGCAUGAUCAACGACCUUUCUACUGUCUUUGAAGUGUUGGCUGAUAGAAAGCAGGGGAAAGAUAGAUCCGGCGUAGAUAGCGGGAGCAAAUCCAGACACUCUACUAAGAGAUCGAGUGACGGACACACGAAGAACAGUUCAAGAGCAGUCAACGAAGGGUACGGCGAGGACGACGAAGAGCACAACGAAACCCUCUGCGGAAGCUGUGGUGGAAACUACAACUCGAACGAGUUCUGGAUCGGGUGCGAUAUAUGCGAGAGGUGGUACCACGGGAAGUGUGUGAAGAUAACCCCCGCGAAAGCCGAGACCAUACAGCAAUACAAAUGCCCUAGCUGCAGUUCCAAGAAAGGGAGGCAGUAACUACGCUCACACUACCGAGUAUCUACUGCUUUCUUUUUUUUCUUUAGUUUUAGGAAGUAAAUAUUUAUCAGGUAACGGAAAUGGCGCCAUGUUUUGCGGUAAUGGAUCUCUCGCGUGUGAUCAUCGAUAUGGUUGUUUCGACAUGUGGACCUCAUUCUAUUGAUAGUUUACAUCUUUAUAUGUAGAUUGUCUUUCUUUCUCUGCAAUUUCAUGCCUUGGUUUUGCCGGAUUU